CAGUGCGGAGGUAGUUGGCCAACUUCACGUAGUGCUGUUGACAUCCCAUCCCAAGCGUUUUUCCACAAAAAAAUUGUGCUUAUUAUUUUGUAAUUAUCUCUCAAAUAUUCACAGUAAAAAUCCCUCCAUUCAUCAUCUAUUUAAACGCCAACAUAAAUGCUCGUGAUGGAGAACCCUGAAGAAGUGCUACAGAUCCUAGAGCGCUAUACGAAAAUUAGGCCAAAUGACAUUCCCCAAGAGCUCGAGCUGUAUAUUCGUCAUGUAGCCAAAACAGGGGAUACUGUGUACAGAUGGCCAAAUAUUAAGUAUUUAUUCCGUGAGAAGUUAAUCUGUGUGAUCAAGCAAUUUCACGACUCGACACCAUCUAUCGAAGAUUUGCCUCAAUACCCCAAUGUUGAUCCUUUCAACUAUGAAACCAUGAAAAAUUCCCUUUUGGAGCGUCUGGACACCUUCAGUGCAGCCCCCUUUACAAUACAGAGAAUUGCCGAAUUACUCUCUGAUCCCCGGAAGCAGUAUACGCGGAUUGAUAAGUUUAUGCGGGCUGUUGAGAAGAAUAUCUUAGUUGUAAGUACAAUAGAGCCGGGAAGGAAAGCGACUGACAGUGAGAAUGGUGACAGCUUGGAUUCCAUGGUGAAUGGAGACUUGCCGACGGAAGUGGAUGUGGAUAUUGAUAUGUCCAAUACAGCCCUUCCACCAAUAAACACCCUCGCCCCAUCGGCAGCUGUUAUCAUGGCAGAAGUGGCAGCUGUGGCCAAAUUUGUCUCCAAUGCCUCAAAAUCACCCACCCCGGAGGACAAUGUCACCCUCCCGGAUGCCCUUGAAGUGGCAGAAGUUGAGCCAGAGGUGAACAUCACUGACAGCAUAGAGAAAUUUGACGGUGCCGAAGAGGCCAAAACUGACGAAAAUCCUCCGGAAGCAUCAGCUUUCAGUCCUGUUGUGGUGAUAAAGCCCCUUGAUGAGACAGAGACGCCGAAAAAGGAGGCAGCGGAGGAGAGUGUUGAGACAAAGGAGGAAGAAAAGCCCGCACAACCAGAGACAGAGACAGCAGAAGCUGAAGUUCCAAGUGCGGAAGUUGUUUCUGAGGAACCUGAGAAAAUUGACUCAGACAACUCCAAUGUGACCAUCUCGUCGUCCUCCUCGGAUGACAGCAAUAGCACCGAUGAGAGUCUCACAGGGCAAUCAUCGGAUGCUGAAGAGAAGGCAAUUGCUGUAAGUUCAGUGGCUGCACCGGAGCCACCAUCUGUGGAUGAUGACUCUACGACUCAGGACAGAACUGUCGAAGAAAUCCCUGUUAGUGAUUCCUCGAGCGAGGGAGAGGCCAAAUCCAGUGCAACGGAGGAAGUUGCUGCAGAAGAACCUGCCAAGGCUGAAGAAGUACUGCCCGAGGAGGAAAAACUGCCGGAGACGUCAGAAAGUACCACGACAGCUGACAAUGAUCCCCCAAUUGCAUUCCAUGCGACAGAGAGUAAAGAAGAGCCGCAGGAGGAGACGCAAGAUCGCACGGAAGAUGGUGAACCGGUGUGCAAGAAACCCAUGGAAAUGUUGAUUGAAGUUCCACCGGCAUUGCCCCUGGAGGAUAUCCCAGCAGCUGCUGCAGCCAGUCCAAUUGAUGUGGUGUCACAGAUGGUGGAAGAAGUGACACCCAGUGAAGAAUUGGUGAAGAUCGAUGAACCCCUCCCAAGUACAGAUUCCUCCUCGUCACCAUCCGAUGAAUCGACAGACCUCGUGCUACCGCUCGAAGUGGCUGAAAUGGAGGUGGCUCCGGUGGUUCCGGAAGUCUCGGCAAUGGCCACUGAGGACACCCCAAUCAAGAAUGAUGACGCCAUGGAGGUGGAUGAAUCCAGCAUGGAGCCAAUGGAUCAAUAAAAAUCCCUCUUGGCAUUUGUUUUUCACGAUCUUUUAACCAAGCCCCUUCCCCCUAAAUUAAUUUUACAUCUUACCUUUUUAGAGAUUUACGUAGAAACUACUAUAGAUAAAUAAAUAUAGGGUGUUUCAUUUACUGUGAGACCGUCAAAUUGAACAAAUCCAAUGAUUUUCCUUUUUAAUCUACUCAGAUAAUCAUCAAUUUCACAAUUAUUGUUUAUUUUUUUCUGCAAAUGAUUCACCCAAAUAUUUCUCUUAUCAAAUCCUUUUACACAGGCAUCAUCUGCAAAAAAAGAAAGUUUCAAGGAACUUUGAGGAGAUUAAAUGUCGAAUAAGCAAAA